AUGACGGAUUACAAUGCGCUCAAGGUCCCGGAGCUCAAGGCCAUACUGGGCCAGCGAAAGCUCCCGCAGACAGGAAACAAGCAAGCCCUAAUCGCGCGACUACAAGAGGAUGACGACAAGGCCGCCGCUGGUAGUGAGGAGGCCAAGCCAGGUAAAAGCCAGGAGGACACCAUCAGAAGCGCGCCGUUGCUAACAAAACCCCCGUCAGAAGCCGCCAAGCAGGACGAAAUCACGUACAGCGACGACGAGCCCGCCGCAUCCAAGCCCGCUGCCGCGACAGAGCCAAAUCCCGAAGAGCCAGCCAAGGAGGAGGUCGCCAAGGAGGAGGUCCCGGCUCCCGCCGACGCCGACGCCGACGCUGCCGCUGAAAAGACGGACGCCGCCGAGCCCGCCGAGCCCGCGCAAUCGUAUGCCAUCGGUCUCGCGUCAACCGCCGCCGACGAGGAGGCCAAGAAGCGCGCGGAGCGAGCCAAGCGGUUCGGCAUCGAAGAGGACGAGGAUGCCAAGAGGCGCGCAGACCGCGCGAAGCGCUUCGGCCUCGACCAGAACGAACUCUCCUCCAGCCUGGACUCGGCGCUUCCGGAACGACGCCUGAAGCGCGGCCGCGGCCGCGACGGCGACAACCGCCCGGCGAAGCGUCAGAGUCUCGACGGGAGAGGACGCCCCGGCAGAGGCCCCCGGCAGGGAGGGAACAAGGAGCGCGGCGAAAGGGCCGUGCUGGACGACGCCGUCGAGAAGGCCAAGGCCGAGAAGAGAGCUGCCAGGUUCGCGGCUGCCUAG